AUGUCAAUUAAUGAUUCAAAAUCAACCUUUGAUGAGCUUCGAUGGGUCAUUCACAUCCGCAAAACCCUUGAAGAAGAGCUGGAAGAAGAUAGUGAAUUUUCUGUAUCCAUCUUCAGUGUGCCCAAACUCCUUAUGGUUAGUGAUCCAGACUCUUAUGUCCCUCAACAGGUUGCUAUAGGUCCUUACCAUUAUUGGCGUCCAGAACUGUAUGAAAUGCAAAGGUACAAGAUUGCAGCAGCAAAAAGAUUCCAGAAACAUCAACAAAAGCUCAAGUUAAAUAAUCUGGUUGAUCAAUUGGCGAAGUUGGAGCAAAGGAUUCGAGCAUGCUACCACAAGUUCUUGGAUUUCAAUGGGGAAACAUUGGUGUGGAUGAUGACAGUUGAUGCCUCAUUCUUACUUGAGUUCCUUCAAGUUUAUGCCAUGCAAGAAGGAACCAAGGUACCAGGGGUUUCCUCAAGCAUGUCUCAUUUGGUAGAUUAUGCUGGGAAGAAAUCAGCUCAUAAUACAAUUUUGAGGGAUGUUGUAAUGCUUGAGAAUCAAAUCCCAUUAUUUGUAUUAAGAAAUAUGCUGGAGUUCAAAUUCUCAUCACUAGAAGCUGCAGAUGACAUGCUGAUCUUGAUGUUCAUAGGGCUCUUCAAAGAAAUUUCUCCUUUCAAGAUGAUGGAGGAGUAUCCAAACAUUCAAGUCUCAGAGAGUGUUCAUAUGCUGGAUUUCUUGUAUGAUGUGAUAGCACCCAAGUUAGAACAACAGCCAGACACAAUUGAAGUUGAGUUUCAACAAGAAGACGAAGAAAAGGAAGAAAAUGAAAAUUCAACCUCUGAUUCAGGCCAAGUUAAACAAUUCUUCAGUGAUAUCUGGAACAUUCUUUCAAAAUUAAACAAAGGGCCAGUGAAUUCAAUCAAAAAGGUACUUGUGUCUAAACCUCUCAAAGUCUUUGUUCAGCUACCUUGGAAAAUUGUGUCCAACCUACCAGGAGCUAAAAUUCUAAAGCAACCAGUUGAAUAUUUCUUUUUCUCUCGAGAAAAAGGAGAUGAAAAAGAAGAAAAUGGGAAUUCAGGCUCGAAUAGUCGCAUGAACAAGCCACCUUCAGUGGAGGAAAUCACUAUUCCUUCAGUUACUGAACUCGUGAACUCAGGUGUUCGUUUUGUACCCACUAAUGGAAGCAUAUCAAGCAUUAGUUUUGAUGCAAAAACACGCACGUUUUGCCUUCCCACAAUUGGUUUGGACGUUAAUACUGAAGUUUUCCUCAGAAAUUUGGUGGCAUAUGAAACAUCUGUUGCGUCGGGGCCCUUGGUUAUAACUCGUUACACUGAGUUGAUGAACGGGAUAAUAGACUCGGAGGAGGAUGCAAAGAUUCUUAGAGAAAAAGGGAUUAUUCUGAAUCACUUAAAGAGUGAUAAAGAGGUGGCUAACCUAUGGAAUGGGAUGAGCAAGUCCUUGAGAUUGUCAAGGGUGGCAUUGUUGGAUAAGGUCAUUGAAGAUGUUAACAAUUAUUAUAAUUGUAGAAUGAAGGUUAAGGUUUGGAAAUUCAUGAAGGCUUAUGUGUUUAGUUCAUGGCAGUUUUUGACAUUUCUAGCUGCCAUUUUCCUCUUGCUCAUGAUGGCCUUGCAAGCCUUCUGUUCGGUCUACACUUGUAGUCGCUUUUUUCGCUCUGCACUACAAUCCGCAAAUUAA